CGCGGCAGUUGAAUCCUCGUGUCAGUGGGCAGUCUGUGUGUGGUACAGCGAGCGGUGGAGUAACUGGGCGAAAGCUAUCGGAGGAGCUUGGCACGUCCGAGCGUUAACUUUUUUUUUCCUUUUUUAAAAACAUUUUUCAAAACACAAUUUUAUGCUUCUGGAGAGUCACCUAUCGCUCUCAUCCGACGACUGGACUUCACUGCGAGUCCGAGCAGCUCACAAUCGACAAUUGACCGCCGUUCAAGUUGGAAAGGCGAGGCUUUUCAGGCUUUUCGUGCCGCUGGUCUUCGAGAAAAAAAGACCUCGGGGGGGAAAAAACCUGAGGGGGGGUUGCACGUAGCCCCGGCCAGCCACUCUCGUUUCUAACCAAGCACGGAACAGAGCAGACUUCUCCUCGUAAGGUCACACGAGUGGACGACUUUGACGAUUCCUCCGCUCUCUGGGAACUAUCGCAGCUAAUAGCCUGCAUCCGAGGGGGAUUUUGUUGUGGAGAGAAGACAAAAGGACUCGAGGAGCUUGAAAUCGAGGAGAAAGGACUGAAAGAGAAAGGGAAGCUGCUCCAGGUGGAAGGAAACGGUGAUAUCGAAGUUCCCCGAGUGCUGAUCUUCUGUUUUUUUUUUUUGUUUCUUCCUUGGCGGAGUGCAGGGAGGGGUGGUGGGACUUUACCGCUUCACCUGCUCGGAUUUAUCCUCCUGCAGAAAGCCACAUCUGCGUGGAUCCGCGCGGGCAGGAUGUAUCCACAGGGCCGGCAUCCGGCACCUCAUCAACCUGGUCAGCCCGGGUUCAAAUUCACAGUAGCAGAAUCCUGUGACAGGAUCAAAGACGAGUUUCAGUUCCUGCAAGCUCAGUAUCACAGUCUUAAGGUGGAAUAUGACAAACUGGCCAACGAGAAGACAGAAAUGCAGCGUCACUAUGUCAUGUACUAUGAGAUGUCCUAUGGGCUUAACAUUGAAAUGCACAAACAGACUGAGAUUGCGAAGCGCCUCAACGCAAUUCUUGCUCAGAUCAUGCCUUUUCUGUCACAAGAGCACCAACAGCAGGUAGCCCAGGCUGUUGAGCGUGCUAAGCAAGUGACAAUGACAGAGCUGAAUGCCAUCAUCGGGGUACGUGGACUUCCCAAUCUGCCUCUCACCCAACAGGCCCAUGCUGUCUACCCAGCGCUGAUGCAGCAGCAGCUUCAAGCUCAGCACCUUUCUCAUGCAGCCCAUGGACCACCCGUCCAGCUGCCCCCACACCCCUCGGGCUUGCAGCCCCCAGGCAUACCCCCGGUCACAGGUUCCAGCUCUGGACUAUUAGCGCUAGGAGCUCUGGGCAGUCAGGCACACCUACCGGUUAAAGACGAGAAGAACCAUCAUGAUCUGGAGCACAGAGACCGGGAGUCAAGCACGAAUAACUCAGUGUCGCCGUCGGACAGUCUGAGGGCCAGCGAGAAGCACAGGGGCUCAUCUGACUACAGUCUGGAUCCAAAGAAACGCAAAAUGGAGGAGAAGGAUAAUAUGAGCAGAUAUGACAGUGAUGGUGACAAAAGUGACGACCUGGUGGUUGACGUCUCCAAUGAGGACCCAGCUACCCCGAGGGUCAGUCCUGCUCACUCUCCUCCAGAGAAUGGCCUGGACAAGGCCCGGGCACUGAAGAAAGAUGCCCCCAACAGCCCAGCCUCUGUGGCUUCAUCUGGGAGCACCCCCUCGUCCAAAGCCAAGGAUCACCCACAUAAUGAUAAGUCCUCCACCCCAGGCCUGAAGUCCAACACCCCCACCCCACGUAACGACGCCCCUACACCAGGAACCAGCACCACCCCUGGCCUCAGGCCCAUCCCCGGCAAGCCCCUCGGCAUGGAGGCCUUGGCAGCUCCUGCCCUGCGCACUCCGUUGUCCUACGCAGCUCCAUUUGCGAUGAUGGGUCACCAUCCAGAGAUGAACGGCUCUCUGACCAGUCCAGGUGUCUAUGGCCUCCACAUCUCUUCCGGGAUGGGUGCAGCUUACGGCCGAUCGCCUAUGCCGGGAUUCGAUCCACAUCCUCACAUGCGGGCUCCUGGUCUCCCAACCAGCCUGACGUCGAUCUCUGGAGGAAAACCAGCGUACUCCUUCCACGUGAGCGCAGAUGGGCAGAUGCAACCAGUACCUUUUCCUCCAGACGCUCUAAUCGGCCCGGGCAUCCCACGCCACGCCCGCCAGAUCAACACACUGAGCCACGGAGAGGUGGUUUGCGCAGUAACCAUCAGCAACCCCACCCGCCACGUCUACACGGGUGGCAAGGGCUGUGUGAAGAUCUGGGAUAUCAGCCAGCCUGGCAGCAAGAGUCCUGUGUCUCAGCUGGACUGCCUGAACAGGGAUAAUUACAUUCGGUCGUGUAAGCUGCUCCCUGAUGGCCGUACUCUGAUUGUGGGCGGUGAGGCUAGCACUUUGACGAUUUGGGACCUGGCCUCUCAGACGCCUCGCAUCAAGGCUGAACUGACCUCCUCGGCUCCGGCCUGCUACGCAUUGGCCAUUAGCCCUGAUGCCAAGGUCUGUUUCUCCUGCUGCAGUGAUGGUAACAUUGCCGUAUGGGACCUCCACAACCAGACCCUUGUCAGGCAGUUCCAGGGGCACACAGAUGGAGCCAGCUGUAUAGACAUCUCUCAUGAUGGCACCAAGUUGUGGACAGGAGGCCUGGACAAUACUGUCCGGUCCUGGGACCUGAGAGAGGGACGGCAGCUCCAGCAGCAUGACUUCACCUCACAAAUUUUCUCUCUGGGCUACUGUCCAACCGGCGAGUGGCUGGCUGUAGGCAUGGAGAGCAGUAAUGUGGAGGUGCUUCACCACACCAAGCCAGACAAGUACCAGCUCCACCUGCACGAGAGCUGUGUGCUUUCCCUCAAAUUCGCCUACUGCGGUAAAUGGUUCGUGAGCACAGGGAAGGACAAUCUGCUGAAUGCCUGGAGGACUCCCUAUGGCGCCAGCAUUUUCCAGUCAAAGGAGUCCUCGUCUGUCCUGAGCUGUGACAUUUCUGCUGAUGACAAAUACAUUGUGACAGGAUCUGGUGACAAGAAGGCCACAGUUUAUGAAGUAAUCUACUAGAUUCAGGAGUGAUCCACUAGAUCCAGUGACCUAUGACUGGAGCUUCUCUUUUGGCCUCGUUAAGAGUGGAAUUGGGAUGAACACAGCCCCCCCCCUUUCCUACAAAGACCUUCAAAGAGGAAACCAUGUUGGGGUUAAAUUUGUCAACUUGGAUUACAUAACUGAUGUGUUUGAUAGAUUUUCGUGUUACUGGAACAGAACCGCUCCAGGGCCUUUUGGAGACCUACUGGUCAGUUUAUCUGAGGACCUCUCCCGGAUGGCACUAAAGAAGUACAUAUUGUCUUGCCUUUUACUUUGAGUCUGCUCACGAGAUUCGCUGGGUGUGUGCCUAUUCUUCCUUUCAUUUGUCCUUUUUUUCCUGUCUUUCUUUUAACAAAAAGCAAAUGAUCUGUGAUGCAACAUGAAGCAGUGCUUCAUUUUUAGCCUCCUGCUCCCUGGAUGACUUGUGAAAAGUGUAUAUAUGGAGUAAUAAAAACAUUUUAUAAAUAUAUAUGAUUAUAUGUAUAUAUAUUUCCUUGUCCUGGUAUACUUGUGAUGGGUUUCUUUUGUCCUCAUGUCCUCGAUGCUUGAUAAAUGUAGAUUAGGACCUACUUUUUUAAGAUGAAUUUGUUUGUUGUUUGUUUUUUUUUGUUCUUAUUUUGAUUUUUGUAAGUGCACUCUCUGGGUUGCCAGUUGAUGAGGCAGCAUUUAAAGAGGACAUUUGUAAGCUUCGCUGGGCUCUGCAGACGCCUGGAUGUGAGCUGUUUGGUGGCCGAGGAUGGAGAAUGGUGGAUGGUAGUUCAUGGAUGGAUGCCAAACUGCAUUGAACUCUGCCAAGUACCAGAGAGCAACCAGAGGAACGUUGGGAGAUGUUUGUAAAUUAAAACCAAUAUUAAACUUGGAGAAUUAACUAACUGUA